UAAAGCAGACAUGCAGGUACUGUCUGGCUAUUUAACCGCGGGUUGGUGGAUUCAUUCCACUCUGAAACUGGCUACAGACCACAUGAAAUCUCCAGUAAUGCGAUGCCAAAGCAGCUUGUUAAACUCCAGAAGUGCGCCACUGCCUGUCUGAUCUGACGGAACUUCUUCAAUUCAGCGCCUCCUCCUCCUCAUCAUCUUUACUUUUCACUUGAAGACACAUUUCUCAGGGAUUGUUCCAGGCGCGUUUCCCUCUCUGCCUCUCACAUCUUUUGCACUGAAAGUUAGAUUUUUUUUAAAAGUGGAAAUGAAUAGCACCGGGUUCAACCAAACGGAGGGCGGACUGCUCAACAAGACCGAGGAGUUUUUUUGCUGCAACUUUUCCUCCGUGGUGACUGAUAACGGCUUUGUGGCCGCCGCUCCAGAUGAGAGGAGCCUCUUCGUCAUGAGGGUGGUCCAGAUAGCCGUCAUGUGCGUGUUGUCCCUCACGGUGGUUUUUGGCAUAUUUUUCUUGGGUUGCAACCUUCUCAUAAAGUCAGAAGGAAUGAUAAACUUUUUAGUAACGGACAGGAGACCGUCUAAAGAAGCGGAGGCAGUUAUUGUUGGAGCCUACUGACUGACGAGGACCUUUAUAGGCUAAUGAUUUGAAUCAGAUCUGAAGUCUGGUGGAGACAGAAUGAAGACAAAUGCGAUUAUCAACUGCCUAAACAAGCCCCUGUUUCCAUAUUGGUAUUUAGAAAAACCUCAAAGGUAAUAGCCCUGCUGGUGACUGCGUCUCACAGGUGUUCACCUUAUUCCUUGUGGCUUUUAAAUGCCAGCAAAGACGCAUGCAUCUUCAAGAGGUAUUGUGCGUUUUAAGCCUCUUUGUUUAAAAAGUAUUCAAUCAAGCACUGUUGUACUUUGGAGCACCGUUUGUCAUGCAGAACCCUUUGUCAUGGAAGUGGCAAAGUAUUCGCAUUUGCUGCUUCAAAACACCCUCUCAUGUUGCUAAUGCAAUGGAGAAAUUAAUGUUUAAACAUGUACUGUAUGUUGUAUGUGUUUUUGCAUACAAUAUGCAAUAUAUUAAUCGGUGUAUUUCUCUGGAAUUUCAUGGUGAUAGUGUCUGCGUGGGCGGUGGAGAAAAAAAGCCCAACAUGUAUCCUGUUAAUUGGAAUAAAUAUGUUCUGUAAUUAAAGUUUUCCUCUUAA